GCAGUGAAAAUGUGCCAGCGGCGGUUCUUCAGCAGCAAGUACACCAGUUUCCACAAGAACCACAUCAAGUUGUUUGCCGUUUACAUGAAAACGGCGAAUUUGAUGCAAAACUUCAACGUUCUAAAGCGUUCGCUGUAAGCGCCGCUGCUUCUGCCGUCGCCUUCCCCUCCCCCAUGCAAAAAAGAAGAAAAUUAACAUAAAGUUGAUUCCCGGCUGUGUGUGCUAGUGCUUUCAGCAUAGUGCUAAGUGGAAAAUGAAACCCCCUAACGCUUGAAUGCAAAGUGAAAAAUGUCGGAACGGAAAAACGCCAAAAAGCUGGUGAAAAUCCUUGAUACGAUUUAUUAGGAGUACAAAUCCAUUUAGGCGUGUCUAUUAAAAUAACGGUAAAGAAACAUAACAG